AUGGUGCUUUUGUCUUCCCUUGAGAUUCCACCUGCAGCGCCUGCUGCUUGUAUGACAACAUCGUCAAGGACCGAAUCACCACCAAUAAUAUUACCUACCUUCGACCCCAAACCCGCCCCUCAAGUUCAUUAUGACUUAGAAGCCGGUCCUGAACCUGAAUUCCUGUCUCCUGGUCGCCGUUUGACUCCACGUCCAACUUUCCUCGACAGCUACUUCAGUCCUAAGGAUGAUCAUUCCACCUUGAAGCGACAGGGCUCUACCGACCUUGUUCGCUAUUUUCAUGGCCCCCGCGAUUUGGAUAAACACACUAAAUGGCCCGUUUUCUUUCGACUGCAUGGUAGUGUGUUGCCAAAACUGAUCAUCCCGCUUUCGUUCAUUGCCAUCUGGUCGACAGUCGUGACUUUGGUUUGCAAAUACGUCUAUGACCUCGGAAUCGAUAACAUCUUGCUUACUGUUACCGGUCUUGUCGUCGGACUGUCUUUGUCCUUCCAAAGUUCAACGGCUUAUGAAAGAUGGGCCGACGGACGAAAAUACUGGGCUCUUCUGCAUCAAUCCUCGCGCAUCCUCGCUCGUACUAUCUGGAUCUGCACCGCCGAGCGAGAAGGCGAAGAAGGGAAAGAAGAUGUUCUUGACAAACUGUCCGCGAUGAACCUGAUCCUUGCGUUCGCCGUUUCCCUCAAGCACAAACUUCGCUUCGAACCCGACAUUGGCUACGACGAUCUGGCAGGAUUGGUUGGCCAUCUCGACACCUUUGCCAAAGAAGCGCAUGAUCGCCAGCGCCUGGUUCCCUCUCAGAAGUCCUUUUGGAAAUCAGCGGGCGAGUACCUGUCAUUGUCAAUCGCCGAGUCCGAUCCCCGGAAACAUGUCAAACGAUCCAAGAAGCCUCUUGGUCAUCUUCCGCUGGAGAUAUUAAACCAUCUGUCUGUGUAUGUCAAUCGGUGGAUUGCGAACGACACGCUAAGUUGCGGUGUAUACCAGACGCAAGCCAUCAACAGCCUCGCUAGCCUAAGCGAAGUCGUUACCGGCACCGAACGCGUUCUCGACACGCCCCUCCCAACCGCGUACACGAUCUCCAUCGCCCAAGUCACCUGGAUCUACGUCCUUGUUCUUCCAUUCCAGCUCUACGACUCCCUCUCAUGGGUGACCAUCCCCGGAUCGAUCGCGGCCGCAUACAUCAUCCUCGGCCUUUCCGCCAUCGGCCGCGAAAUCGAGAACCCGUUCGGCGACGACGUCAACGAUCUCCCCCUGGACACCUACUGCCGUCGCAUCGCCCAAGAAAUCGAAACCAUCACCGCCAUGCCCCCGCCCAGCGUCGACGUCUUCGGUAGCCGUGAAGAUAACCUCGUUUUAUUUCCUCACAGUACCGCAGGGUAUCCGGAGUGGAAGGAACGCAGCUUCCAUGAUAUUCGAUCGAUUUUGAGGACGAGGGUCAUGGCGAAUGCAAAUUCUCCGUUGAAUACCCCAAACGCGUCGACUAUCUUUGGUGAUAGUCGGCAGUGUUUGAGUCCUGCGGGUGUUUGA